AGAGCCAUCCGAAGCUUGACCCUAUACCAGAUGACUUCAAGACGACGUCGACUAGCCUCUGUCACAAGCGAGGGAACAGACGAGGAAAACAUUCCCGGAAUGUCUGCUACAGGCUCUGUGUCCAAUGAAAAUGAACAGGAUCCAUUCCUACAAGUGACCUUUGACAUACCAGAUAUCUCUCAGAGCGGAAUGUACAUGUGUCGUAUCACCCCUACUAUCGGCAUUCGGCGGCAGGUGUAUGAACGAGUUUCCGCAGAGGAGCUUGGGAACUCCGACAUCGUGACGCUCUUCCGGUCGCUGCGAGAUGACGUCAGCGAGUUAACGGAGGCAGUGAAUGCCGAAGUGUGCAGUCCAGGACAGAUGAGGAGAGCGAGGGCGUGUGGGUACACAGACAAAGCGGCACCACCGCCUCAAUCUUCGAUUGGUUCCCCAGCGCCCCGAACGACUCACAGGGCACCAAGAACUGCCUGAGCUUCCUCUGGUACUUCAAUGAGGCCACUGGGGUCAAGAUGAAGGACGUCUCGUGCUCUUAUGUGGAGGGAGCCACGGUCUGGCAGCACAGCUACUUGUGUGAGGUGCCGGAGGCAGAUAGUGUGAUUCGGAAUAAUUGUCCUGCCUAACUGCUCGAAGACGGCAUCUGCUACUGCAACAGUAAUAUUUGCAGCAGCAGCGUCAUCGUUUGCUGCAGCAGCAUUUACAGCAGCAGCAGCAUUUGCAGCAGCAGCUAAGCUGUAGAAGCAGUAGCAGAAGCGGCAGCAACAAUAACAGUGUCUUCAGCAGUUUAUAACGAAGUCCUUUGUUAAAUGUGUAGUAUUAGUAUUAAAGCAUUUAUAUUCAGAUUUGC